AUGGAGCCUACAUACCUCCUAAACCCAAGAUGGCGGCGCCCAUGGCUGGACCGCUCACGUCUUGCGGUCGUUUGUUUUUGCGAUUUUCUUCCUCCCUUCUAAGAGACAAUGGCGGGAAUGGACAACAGUUCAUGCUGAAAAUUAAGCAGCCCCACAGAUGCCUAUCAAUCUCAGUUGCUAGGCAACGGCAGCAGAUCAAAGCCACCAGCAGUCUGUCAGACAAGCCUUACACUGACGAGUUUCUACAGGAGAUGGACCAGGAGUACCAGCUGGGGAGGAGACACCUCGCAAACAUGAUGGGGGAGGAUCCAGAAACAUUCACUCAGGAGGAUGUAGAUAGAGCCAUCAGCUACCUUCUUCCUUCCGGAUUGCAUGACAAGCUGGCCAGACCCAUGCUUAAGCCUCCAGAUCAAAUAUUUCCAAAACAGAAAGCCCUACAAUGGGGAAAAGACGGUCGACCGUUCAGCUUUUUAUUCUACACUGGCAAGGCCAACUACUACAGUCUCAUGCAUGAAGCAGCUCGGGUCCUGACUCAACUCAACAGACAUGAAGACAAGAUGUUGGCUAAAGGUGUACUUUUCCCAGAGCCUGAACCAUGGCCAGAAUUUAACAAGAGUGUGUGGAUAGACAAGACAGCAGUGGAGAAAAUGAUAACAGAGUCCAUGGAUGAUCAUCAGUAUCGUCGGUUUGUUGAAAUGAUGGAGCACAUUGCCAGACACCCGUAUGCCAAACAGUCACCCCAGUUUAUCAUGAGGUUCCGUAAGGAGCUCGUGGCUGUGUCCAUGAAACAGCAGGUCCAGCCGUUGAUGUACGACGGGCAUGGUGUAGCCUACAUGGAGGCUGACGGAAGGAGAAAAAGUGCCCGUGCGAGGGUGACCUUGAGAGACAGGGGUACAGGAGAGGUCACCGUGAACGGACUGCCACUGAUCAGCUACCUGAGGAACGUACAGGACAGAGAACAGGUGAUGCUGCCUCUGGAGUUUGUGGACAGACUGGACCAGUUUGAUGUAGAGGCUACAGUAUGGUGGGGCGGCACUACAGGCCAGGCAGGGGCCAUCAGACUGGGCAUCUCCAGGGCUCUCUGUAGCUUCCUCACUGAGACAGAGAUAGAGAACAUGAGACUAGCUGGGCUGUUGACUUCAGACCUGAGAAGGAAGGAGCGAAAGAAACCUGGACAGAAGAAAGCCAGGAAGAAGUUCUCUUGGAGGAAGCGUUAGAUGCUCAUUACUACAUCAAAACUAUAUCCUUGACAUUAAAAUGAUAACAU